CAUAAUUAUUAGUAUAGAAAGUAAAAAUAAUGAAGCUACGUCUCUUACUCUGUUUUCUUCGCUUCCUGUAGCUUUUAGCCUAUUGGUUUCAACGUCCGAACGUCUUUGUCUCUCUUUAUACUACAAUAAUAACACUUUUUUUCAAUACCCUUUUAUCCAUAGUUGUUUUUUGAUCUGUUUUCUUUUGCUUUUUGAAUUCACAAUGGCUUCAACAACUAACCCCGUUCACUCUUUGAUCACAAAUUCUCGGUUUUCUUCUCUAUACUUGUCGACAAACAAAGUUUUGCCUAGUUGUCUUUUACUCAGGACACGAUCAUCACGUUCUGCAACAGCCUCAUGUCUGGCGUUUUCAUCUUUGCGGGGCAAAAAGAAACCUUCAGUUCCUGUUGGAAUGGUCUAUGCCAAGCCGUUGACAUUUACUGGUUGGAAUCAAACCAUGAGGCGGAGGAGCCAAGUUGAGUUCCCAGUCGCUUCAGCUGCUGCUGCGGAUUCUGAUGGCCGUGAAAUUGAGAUUUCUGAAGGGUAUGCAAAGCCUUCAAAGAGCUUUGCAGAGAGAUUUCCUGCUCUUGUCACUGGUUUCUUCUUCUUUAUGUGGUAUUUCUUAAAUGUAAUUUUCAACAUUCUCAACAAGAAGGUCUACAAUUAUUUCCCAUAUCCAUAUUUUGUUUCAGUAAUACAUCUGCUAGUUGGCGUGGGUUAUUGUCUUGUGUCUUGGUCUGUUGGCCUGCCUAAAAGAGCACCAAUUGAUAAGGAGCUGUUGGGGCUACUGACUCCUGUUGCUUUCUGCCAUGCCCUUGGACAUGUCAUGUCCAAUGUAUCAUUUGCAGCUGUUGCUGUGUCCUUCACUCACACUAUUAAAGCCCUGGAGCCAUUCUUUAAUGCUGCAGCUUCUCAGUUUGUUUUGGGCCACCAGAUUCCUCUAUCCCUAUGGCUUUCAUUAGCUCCUGUCGUUAUUGGUGUUUCUAUGGCCUCACUUACUGAACUUUCUUUCAAUUGGACUGGUUUCAUCAGUGCAAUGAUUUCGAACAUCGCAUUUACUUACAGAAGCAUAUAUUCAAAGAAAGCAAUGACAGGGAUGGAUAGCACAAAUGUUUAUGCAUAUAUUUCUAUAAUUGCCCUCUUCUUCUGUCUCCCACCAGCAAUUUUGAUUGAGGGCCCUCAGCUGAUGCAACAUGGUCUCAGAGAUGCCAUUGCCAAAGUUGGCUUAGUCAAAUUCUUGUCGGACUUGUUUUGGAUUGGAAUGUUUUAUCAUCUCUACAAUCAGGUUGCUACAAAUACCUUGGAACGGGUUGCACCCCUUACACAUGCAGUCGGAAACGUGUUGAAGAGAGUUUUUGUUAUCGGCUUCUCUAUCGUGGUAUUUGGCAAUAAGAUCUCCACCCAAACUGGGAUUGGUACUGCAAUAGCAAUUGCAGGAGUUGCCGUUUACUCACUCAUAAAGGCAAACAUGGAAGAACAAAAAAGAAAGGCUGCUGUAAGCCCUGCAUCCUAAGGAAGCUGUAGAAGGCUGCUUACAAACUUGUUGAAGAUGGGUGCUCUGGAAAACACAUUUGGGAAUGGGAAAGAAUAAGACCC